AUGGAAGCUCAGGAGCACUGGAUGAUACACUUGCAGAGGGUCUACUACCCUACUCUCGCAGCCAUCGGAAUCCCCUCAAACAUUAUGUCUUUCAUGAUCUUCUGGAGACGUAAAUGCAUGCUCUCCAAAUCGAGCCCCUUCUACCUGAUGGCCAUCUCCAUAGCUGACACAGCUGUCCUGCUGUUUAUCGUGGUGUUGGAGCUCUCCGUUAAAUACCUCACAGUGGAGCCCUUCUGGUCUCGGGAACCAUGGUGCAGUGUGCGGGACAUCUUUGCCUACGGCGCCUCCAACACCUCUACUUGGCUGGUGGUGGCCUUCACUGCAGAGCGUUUCCUCUCCAUUACCACCUAUAGUCUCAGGAAGCAAGUCAGCAUCCCUCAUGGUACAUUAUGGACCAUCUGCAUUAUCUUUGUGCUUGGUCACUUGCUGGCAUUGCCCUAUUACUGGGCCUACAUAUCCAUGUACAGCCAGGAUCUCCAACGUUGGGUCUGUAUAUAUAAACCCAAUUCCAACCUUCAGUACCAACUUGCCAUAGUGAGCAUGCAGACAACUGUUUCCCACAUUUUGCCCUUUGUCAUUAUUGGCAUCCUAAAUGGCCUGACGCUGCGGCAGAUCUCUCUCAUUAAUCGAGUGCAUGUAAUAUGUACAUCAGGCCAAAAGGUGACACCAUUGCUACGUUCACGUAAGAGGAAAUCUGUGGUGCUUUUGGUGACCAUCUCCAUGACUUUCGUGUUGCUGACCAUCACCCGCUCCAUCACUCAGAUCAUCUUGCGCACUAAGGGCUGGGCACUGAAUCGUGAUGACUACAGCCUGAGCAUAAAUGUUGCGGCGGAUAUUGGCACCAUGGUCAGCCUUAGCAACGCCGCCAUAAACAUGUACUUGUAUGCGUGCACACAGACCAAAUUCAGACAGGAAGCUAUAGCCUGUGUCAAAUAUUCUCUGCGGAGAUGCUGCUUGAUCACAAAUAGUCCAUCUGGACACAAAUGA